AUGAAAAUGGAUGAAAAUUUGGUGUUGGCUUCGUGGAAAAGUUAUGAUGAUCCAGCACCUGGGAAUUUCUCUUUUCGGCUUGAUCAAGGAGGAGGAGACCAAUUCAUCAUCUGGAAAAGAUCGUUAAGGUACUGGAAAAGUGGAGUUUCAGGCAAGCUGAUUAGUUCUGAUGAGGUGCCCUCUGCUAUAUUUUACUUGCUAUCCAACUUCACCUCCACCAUAGUAGACAAUGACUCUGUUCCACAUCUGACGUCAUCAUUAUACAGUGAUACAAGGUUGGUUAUGGAUGUUUUGGGACAAAUUCAGUAUUUGAAGUGGGAAACUGAGAUGAUUUGGUCAUUGAUUUGGGCAGAGCCGAGGGAUAGAUGCAGUGUUUAUAAUGCUUGUGGGAAUUUUGCUAGCUGUAACAAUAAGAAUGGCAUAAUGUGCAAGUGUUUGCCUGGUUUCAAGGCUAGCUCGCUGGAGAACUGGAACAGAGGAGAUUUUUCAGGUGGCUGCACAAGAAAAUCAAUAUUAUGUGGCAAGAAUAUGGAGAGCGACACAUUCUUGAGUCUAAAGACAAUGAAAGUGGGAAACCCAGAUUCUCAAUUUAAUGCCAAGAGUGAAUUGGAAUGCAAAAUAGAGUGCCUUAACAAUUGCCAGUGCCAGGCUUAUUCAUAUGAAGGAACUGAAAUCACUCAACGGGGAGGGACUGGCAGUUCUGCAUGCGGGAUUUGGUCCGCGGAUCUCAACAAUAUUCAGGAGGAGUAUGACAAUGGCCGUGAUCUUUAUGUUCGUGUAGCAGUUUCUGAUAUAGAAUCAACGACUAGAAAUUGUGAGACUUGUGGCACAAAUAUGAUCCCCUAUCCUCUUAGCACUGGACCAAAUUGUGGUGAUGCAAUGUACUUCAAUUUUCACUGCAACAUCUCCACAGGACAGGUUAGCUUUGAGUCACCUGGCGGAUCCUACAGAGUCACAAGCAUCUAUCCAGAAACAAAAAAGUUUCUCAUCCAAAUAAAAGAUGCAGAUAAUUGUAGGGAUAAGAACGCACAAGAUAAAUUACUGCAGCUCAACCAGUCAUUGCCGUUUAAUGUGAUCAGCUGGUGCAAUGUUGAGCCAGCCAAUUUUAGUUCUAACUUAUCAUUCAAAGGUGAAGAUGAAGUUGAGAUUGGUUGGGAUCCGCCACCAGAGCCAACUUGCUCUUCACCUUUAGACUGCAAGGACUGGCCAAAUUCAACCUGCAAUGUAACUAGAGAUGGGAAGAGAAGGUGCCUUUGCAAUGCAAACUUUGUAUGGGAUGGCUUGAGCUUGAAUUGCACUCAAGGAACAGAAGGACGGUCAAGAAGGAAGUUGCCCUUGUCUCUGAUUAUUGCAAUAGUUUUUACCAGUGUAAUUGUCCUAUUUACUCUCUCCAGUACUAUUUUUUAUAUCUAUAUUUGGAGAGGGAGGAUGGCUAAGAGACAAGAAAACAGGGGAACUGUACAGAAAAGUCCAGUGUUUCACUUAUAUGACAAUGAGAGACGUGUCAAAGACUUGAUUGAAUCAGGAAGGUUCAAAGAAAAUGAUGCAAAAGCAAUAGAUGUACCGUUUUUUGAUUUGGAAACCAUACUAACUGCUACAAAUAGUUUCUCGAAUUCAAACAAGCUUGGACAAGGAGGGUUUGGUUCUGUUUACAAGGGUAAGUUUUUAAGAGGACAAGAAAUUGCAGUAAAGAGGCUCUCGAGUGGUUCUGGGCAAGGUCUAGAAGAAUUUAAAAAUGAGGUUGUCUUGAUUGCCAAACUCCAGCAUCGAAAUCUGGUUAGACUUUUGGGCUAUUGUGUCAAAGGAGAUGAAAAGAUGUUGCUCUAUGAAUAUAUGCCAAACAAAAGCUUAGACUCCUUCAUAUUUGAUCGAAAGCUAUGUGUUUUAUUGGACUGGGACAUGCGGUUCAGCAUCAUUUUAGGAAUUGCUCGAGGGCUUCUAUAUCUUCAUCAAGAUUCUAGGUUAAGGAUCAUUCAUAGAGACCUGAAAACAAGCAACAUUCUACUAGAUGAGGAGAUGAACCCUAAAAUCUCGGACUUUGGCUUGGCAAGGAUUUUUGGAGGCAAAGAAACUGCAGCAAACACCAAAAGAGUAGUUGGGACAUAUGGCUAUAUGUCUCCAGAGUACGCACUAGAUGGGUUUUUCUCAGUCAAGUCCGAUGUUUUUAGCUUCGGUGUUGUUGUGCUUGAGAUUAUUAGUGGGAAAAGGAACACUGGUUUCUAUCAACCUGAACAAGGUUUAAGCCUUCUAGGCUAUGCAUGGCAUUUGUGGAAAGAAGACAAGUCACUGGAUUUAAUAGACCAGACACUAUGCGGAAGCUGCAACACAAAUGAAUAUCUGAAGUGUGUGAAUGUUGGGCUCUUAUGUGUGCAAGAAGAUCCAAGUGAUCGUCCGACAAUGUCCAAUGUAGUUUUCAUGCUUGGCAGUGAAGCUGCAACUCUUCCAAACCCUAAACAGCCAGCUUUUGUUGCUAGAAGAUGCCCUUCUAGCAAAGCUUCUUCUUCUAGUAAACCAGAAACCUGCUCUAACAAUGUGUUAACAGUGACUUUGGACAAUGGAAGAUAGUGGAGGACUUCUCUUCAUCAACCUUAAAUUCUGUAUGCAGUUUCCUUUGAUUUUUGUUGUUUGAUAUCUGGUGUCAUCUUUUGUGACAAAUGAUCUACUCAGAGUACUGCAAUG